CUCGUGUGCUGUGUAGAUGCGGAUACGUGUGACGUAAUCAAAAAUCGACACGUUUUCUGCGCAUGUUCCGGCUGCUAAGCUAAUGCCCAACAGACGAAGGAAACUCGACUUGCCUCCUCUUGAGUGGCAGUUUCUCUUUGAGCGCUGAGGGUCUGAGUGAAGGCUAAAAGAUGGUCUGAUGGACCGCCGCUUCUUCCUGACCUUCCUCCUCUGCUCAGUGUCGUGGAUCUUCUUCUGGGAGGUACGCUGGAAGAAGGGAAAAGAAAGUCAGAUUGAGGAAUGGCUCCAAGGACAUAGCCUCUCUCAAUACAGGCACCUAUUUGAAGAUGUACAGACACUGGAGGAACUGAGUCUGAGUGUACUGAGCCGUCUGGAAGAGGUGGUGAAGGAACAGCAGCGCUGGAGGGAAAUUGCAAAGGCCCACAUCCAGCUGCUCCGAGACUUUGCCUUCCAGGAGUGGCUCUGCUCCCAGAACCUGGGGCACUAUUACCAUACGCUGAAGAACUUGCGUUGCAGGAAUCUGGAUGAUCUGGCUCACUUUGACAGUCGGCUGCAGCUGUCUCUUGCUGGCUGGGGAUAUUACUACGAGGACUACAUCAAGCUGUCCGCCGGCAUCAAGAUCCUCCAGAACUCCAGGGGGAGCCGUGACCAGGACUACGAGAUCCGGCUGGUGCACAGUCUUGCUGUGAGGCGUCUGAAUGAGAAGUGGACCGUCGCUGGAGCGCUCCUAUUCGGCUGUGCUGUGGCGCUGUGCUUCUUGAUAAGGGACCUCAUGUUUUACGUGAUUGGUGGAAUUACUGUUUCCAUCAUAGCGUUUGUCUUCACCAUCAAGUUCCUCUGUGAGCUCGCAGCGAGGGUUGUCAGCUUCUUACAGAAUGAGGAUCCAGGCAGACGAGGGGACCGCAGCAUCUACGACUACGUGCGGGGAAACUACCUCGACCCGCGCUCCUGCAAGGUGUCUUGGGAUUGGACGGAACCACAGGAAGUGGGCCAGACCAUGAGCUUCAGAGUCCAGCUCUUCUAUAAGAACGGCCAGCCCUUCCCGGCCCACCGGCCCGUGGGGCUGAGGGUCAACAUCACUCACAUCGAACUGGCUCUGGACAUCCCUGUCACACAGGAGGUCCUGCAAGAGCCAGAGUCCAAUGUGGUAAAAGUGGCCUUCACUGUGCGCAAGGCCGGACGCUAUGAGGUCGCCGUCAAGCUCGGUGGCCUCAAUGUGGCCUACAGCCCGUAUUACAAGAUAUUUCAGCCAGGUACAGUUGUCCCUUCCAAGACCAAGAUCGCCUACCAUUUCUCCACCCUGGUGCUAACAAAUGGCCAGCAGCACACCUUGAAGAUUGAGCCCAGAGACGAGUAUGCCAACCCCACCAGUAACUCCACGUCUCUCACAGAUGAAGCCAACUACAGCGUCCAUCUGCACUCGCUCGGCACGGCGGACGACGGCGGCCUGGAGGAGCACUACAGUAAGUCGGUGACCCUCAACAAGCAGCAGUGUCAGGUGCUGCUGAGACUGACUCUGAGGAAGACGGGUUGUUUCAGGGCCCGCAUCUCCUACAAGGACCAGCCGCUCAGCAACGGGGAGUUUGACAUUAUUGUUCUCAGUGAGAAUGAGAAGGCCUGUGUGGAGAAGACCGUGUCCACUCCGGGCGUAAGCAUCUACUUCGAGGCGUACCUUUACAGCAGUGGCAACUACAGUUCUUCGUGGCAGUUGCCAGCCUCGGCUCUGCUGGCUCCCCAGAGGAGGCCCUCCACGGGAGAAGAGGAGGACGAGCACGACUCUCCUGUGGAGGGGCAGCCCGAGAAGGUCAAGAAACCAAAAAAGGUCUACUGUUACAUAUCACCAAAGCAACUGUCCGUGAAGGAGUUCUACCUGAAAAUCAUCCCAUGGCGCCUUUUCACCUUUCGGGUGUGUCCAGGAACGAAGUUCAGCUAUCACGCUCCGGACCCGGUCCACAGGUACCUGACUCUCGUGGUGGACGACGGGAUACAGCCUCCUGUGGAACUCAGCUGCAAAGACCGGAACAUCAUGGCCGCCACCUUCAUCCGCUUCCUGCACAAGAACAUUGGUGGCUCCGAAACGUUCCAGGACAAGGUGAACUUCUUUCAGCGCGAACUCCGGCACAUCCACUCCAAGAGACCUCGCACCAAGACCUGCCUAAAAAUCACCCGACACACCAUCCUGGACUCGUCCAUGAAGGCGACAAAGAACUUCUCGGUGUCAGACUGGAGUAAGAACUUUGAGAUCGCGUUUCAGGAUGAGGAAGCCCUGGACUGGGGGGGUCCUCGCAGAGAGUGGUUUGAGCUGGUCUGCAAGACCCUCUUUGACACCUCCAACCAACUGUUCACCCGCUUCAGCGACAACAACCAGGGCCUGGUGCACCCGAACGCCGAGCGCCCGCCGCACCUGCGCGUGAAGAUGUACGAGUUUGCGGGCCGCGUCGUAGGGAAGUGCCUGUACGAGUCAGCCGUGGGCGGCGCCUACAAGCAGCUGGUCCGGGCGCGCUUCACGCGCUCCUUCUUGGCCCAGAUCAUUGGCCUCAGGAUGAACUACAAGUACUUUGAGACGGAUGACCAGGAGUUCUACAAAACUAAGGUCUGCUUCAUCCUAAACAAUGACGUGAGUGAAAUGGAUUUGGUGUUUGCCGAGGAGAAGUACAGCAAGUCGGGACAGCUGGAGAAGGUGGUGGAGCUGAUAUCCGGGGGGUCUCAGAUCGCCGUCAACAAUGAAAACAAGAUGCAUUAUCUCAACCUGCUGGCGCAGUACAGGCUCGCCAGCCAGGUGAGGGAUGAGUUGGAACACUUCCUGAAAGGCCUGAACGAACUGGUUCCAGAAAACCUGCUGGCCAUAUUCGAUGAGAAUGAGUUGGAGCUGUUGAUGUGCGGCACCGGUGACAUAAACGUGCAGGACUUCAAGGCGCACGCCGUGAUCGUCGGCGGAUCGUGGCACUUCAGAGAGAAAGUGAUGAAGUGGUUCUGGGCCGUGGUCUCCAGCUUCACCCAGGAGGAGCUGGCGCGUCUGCUGCAGUUCACCACCGGCUCCUCCCAGCUGCCCCCCGGGGGGUUCAACACCCUCUGCCCCUCCUUCCAGAUCAUCGCUGCCCCCACACACAGCACCUUGCCCACGGCGCACACUUGCUUCAACCAGCUGUGCCUCCCCACGUACGACUCCUACGAGGAACUGCACAAGAUGCUGAAGCUGGCCAUCAGCGAGGGCAGCGAGGGCUUCGGCAUGCUCUGACUCCCCCGUCACGGCCGCCGCGGUUCCACUCGUACGAGAGGAGGCCGCCGCCGGCGCCCGGCGUCCCGCGUGUCAUCCGCGCUCAGGCAGUGGACUCCGAACGGACACUCUCAGGGUGAGAGGGCAGAGCAAGACGUCCCACAGGGCCGUCCUGAAACUGGAACUCAACAUAUUAACUGUAGCGCUACUGUAUGUAAAUAAGACCUCUUGUUUUUGUAAAAAAAAAAAAUAACGGAAGUACUGGAAAGGACGAGGUUCGGGCUGGUUGUGUUUCUGAAAGCUGAAGUUUGCGGAGUUUUAUAUGUUUGAGAGACGAGGUCUGAUAGAGCAGAGGCCUCCGGUCUCACUGUAUUACUGCUUCUUUUGCAUUUUGCAAACUGAGGAAAACUUUAAGUGCAACAAAGUGACACCAGCACUUUGGCCUUAAUCGAUCAGGGACUGACGUGUGUUUGUAAAUAUAAUAUCACUCUUUUAUUCCAAUACCUGUACAUACCAGUGUGUAUACUUCGGUUUUCCUCUUUGGUUUGAAGUCAAGAGAGAAGGGAUUUCUUUAUUGUUGCACGUUUGUUGGGUUUUAAAAGGAGCCAAGUCAUUUCAA